AUGGAGAACGUGAACUUGAAUUCUCUGCCUCCUUCAAUGCUUCAUAAGAUUCUCUCUAAAGUAGUAAAGACCGGUAUCCGGAACUUUGGUUCUGCAAGGAUUGCUUUUCCCGGGUUCAAUGAAGUUGGAAGAGAUGAUCACUUCUAUAGAUCGGCCAAUCUCAUUUACUUUAAUGACUGGGCAAACGAGGUCAAUGCUGUUCGAGCUUUCAAGCUUAAAUGCUACCGUUUGGGUAAUCCUGAGGCCAUCUACCUGAGAGGGAAAAAAUACAUCGUGCUGGUGAGAGAGGGUGCGUAUUGGCACAAAUUUAUAGAUGCUAUGCUGAACUUAGCCUUUAGCAUUGAUGGUAGAGGAACUGUUCACAACUACACUGCUUUUACUCGUCAACAUGUUGACGAGAUGUUUCAAAUCAUCACUAGUUGGGAUAUCUCAGGCAAUUGGGAUUACGAAAAACCUCCCAUGUUUAUAUCUGUGGCUGAAAGGAUAGAUCCUAAUGUGCCACAUUAUUGCUGGUGCUCCAACCUAGAGCCUCCAAUGUUUGUAGUCUCCCUAGAUGGAUCAAGAUUGCGGUGGAAAUGCGAUCGUUGUUUCUGGAAUUGUGCAGCUUGGGACUUAUGCUAUGCCAUACACUCGACUGUUCGUGCCUGGCCCAUUGAAGAUUAA